AUGCUGUCUGAUGUAAAUUUGGGGGCAAAUGGCACUAAACACAUACAAGUGGACGGGAAGGAGUGGGUUGUAGUGGUGCGCGGGAAAGUGGCAAUCGCGAUGGACGGGCCACUCACUGCGGAGUGGCGUGCGGGCGGGGCGAAGGUACACGCGGCGCGAACGAAAAAGGAGAGGGUGGUUAUGGUGCGAUUCCCUCGGGUCGGCAGUCGCAAGGGUUUAUCACUGGUGGCCGCCUACGCACCAGUACAUGCAGCACCACAGAGGGUGCGGGCGGAGUUUUGGGACCAAAUGACGACGGUGAUGCGGGCCAGUGCCAGUGAUGACAUCGUAGUGGUGGGAGGUGAUUUCAAUGCGGAUGUGGCGGCAAACUCACAUAACGACUGGCCGAGAAUCGUGGGGCGACAUGGUAGUUUGCGAACCAGCCAGGGAGGACGGGAUAUGCUUUCCUGGUGUACACGACAUGGAAUGCUGGUAAUGGACACCUUUUUUGAUCAGCCGCUGAACAAGCGAUUCACUUGGUGGCAUCCAGCACACGGUACGGGACACACCAUUGACCACUUCCUCACGAAAGGUAAUUGCUUUCGGUUUAUUGAUUGCGUGCGCACGGUACAUGCGGAUCGGCGUGGAAACGCGGGGGAACCGUUGGGUAGGUCGGGAAGGUUUCAUAGGGGGCGGGCGGGGGGCAGAGGUGCACAAGGAGGGACGGUACAUUGGGAUGAUUUCACGGAUCAUCUGCCGGUGGAAAUGCAUUGUCACUUCUGGCCGAUGCAAGACCGCAACACUACGCGACAGGAGACUGGACAGGAGAAUAUCGUGUUGCCACAAGUGGAGAAGCUAGCAGUACCAGGAAGGGAAGCCAAGGAGCUGAGGAAAAAAUGGCAUGAACUGUUGCAAAAACGCAUUCGGGAACACAAAGAAAACCAGGGUUACCUGGGAUGGGACGACCUUACGGUCAUGUGUUUGGAAACUAGCAAGGAGGUGUUAGGACCUAGACGGGCAGCGGACAGGCGGCCACAUCUCAAGGGUCAUGAAGCGGAAAACACGCAACUAGAUGUGGAUGUAGCAGAGGCGCUGGCCUGGGUUAGGGACUUCAGAGAGGACAGUCUGCCGAGAGAUGCCAAUAGACAACAAGAACUGUUACGGGCCCAACAACACAGCCGCCAGGUCCGAAAACAUAGGCGUAAGACACGUUUGCGGUGGAAAUGGGAAUGGGUCGAUAGAGUGACGGAAAACCUCAAUAAGGCGAAUCAACAAGGAAACACGAAGGAAGUCUACAGACUGGUCAAACUUCUGGGAGUCAGGCAUGAAGUGACGAAACUACGGGGCUUUCAGGCGACGGUGGCGAAUCCGGAGCAGGAAAGGGAGGAGUGGAAGGAACACUUUCGAAAGCUACAGGAAGGUCGGGAAAUUGCGCAAGAGGAUGUAUGGCAAAAUGUUAUCGGGGGGGAUGAGGAGGCCGGAUGGCUGGGGGAGGCGCCCACGGACGAGGAAAUUACGGCGUGCGGGAUGCAAAUGAAAAACGGAAAGGCAGCAGGCGUGGAUGGGUUCCUAGCCGAGUUUUACAAGUAUGGACCCGAGGAGUUGCGAGAUGAAAUCAAUUCUUGUGUCAGGCAAAUGUGGCAAAAUGCAAAAUCUGCGGUAGCGGGGCAGGAAGCGGCCGAUUGGCCGGAGAGUUGGAAUAAAGGCUUGGUGGUACCACUUUGGAAACAAAAAGGCGAUAAAACAGACAAGUCCACAUGGAGGGGUAUCACGUUGCUCAGCGUAGGGUCCAAGUUGCUUGCACGGGUAGUAGCGCAGAGAGUCCAGGUGUGGAGUGAACCAUGGUUACCGGAGGCGCAGAUGGGAUUCAGGCGAAAUAGAUCGGUGGACGACGCGCUACAAGUUACGCGUAGGCUGGUUGAGGAGGGUACAAGCAGUGUAGAUACCGGCGAGAUCAUGCUAGUGCGGCUAUUUGACAUUGAAAAGGCGUAUCCUCGCGUGAGCAGAGAUUCCUUAUGGCGACUGAUGAAAAUCAAAGGAGCCCCAAAUGAGUUCAUUAGCGUAUGCCAAGCAUUGCAUGAACACACUGAGUAUCAGGUGCGCGUGUAUAAGGGAGUGUCAGCGAUGUAUAAGGUAGACAAGGGAUUACGCGAAGGCUGUCCAUCAAGUCCUCCACUCUUUAAUUGUUACCAUGCUGCUGUCAUGGAAGACUUUAGGGUUCGCAGACAAAUGGAAGCUACGGCGCGAGGACAAACGCCCGGCGUGGCGUGGACGGUCAAGGUGGAUGGGAGACUAGGUCAUGGAUUUCACAGCAGACAGCAUCUGACCAGGAAGGCCCAGGAACAAGUCAUUAGUGAUGUAGGGUUUGCGGAUGAUACCACUCUUGUCGGGGAGGCUGAAGAACUGCGGUAUGCUGAACCACUUUUGGAGCGCACAAUGAAGGAUUGGUGUGAGAAGGUACAUCCGGGAAAAACCGAGGGAUUGCGGCUACAGGGAACAAAGCGCAAAUUAACCGAUGUUCGAUAUAAAGGGGAGCGCGCGGUAGUCAGGCAUGUGGGAGGAAUGCUACAUGAAGAAGGAGGGUCGUAUAAGGAUACUGCACAGAAAAUCGCUCGUGCCAACCUGAAAGUGGGCCAAGUAGCCAAAACUUGGUCUUUUGGGACGCGGAACCAGCAACACAAAAUGCCGUAUACACUACGCAUCAAGAUCAUGAAAGCGGUCAUCAUGCCCACAUUAACUUGCUUUGGGCGAUCCAGAAUGUGGAACCGGGAACACAUCGACCAACUCCAGAGGGUGGUGAAUCAUGCGGUGAGGAGAUGCUUAGGGACGAGGAAACUUUGGAUGCAUAACAAUCAUGUGAAUGGGGACAUGCUGUGUGAAUUCGCCCAAUGGGAACCGUUUGAAUUUACCAUCGCUCGACAAAGUCUGUUUUGGUUAGGACAUGUGGCGCGAAUGGGGUGUGACAGACUGCCCAAGCAGGCGUUGUUUGGGUGGUGGAAAGGACACAACAUUAAGCAACAUCCGCACAUACGUCAGCAGCAGUGGCUUCAGUACCUUUUGGCACAGAUACAGGUGGCUGAGCUUGACUGGUUUCGAAUCGCUCAAGACAGGGAGGAAUGGAAGAAAGUCGUUUUGACGGCAUUUCCAAUCACGAAGAGUGAUCGGCAGCAUGAAGUAAGAGUGAAUGCGUGGGAACCGGGUUUGGGACCUCCGCCAGGGUGUGUUGGUAGGUUUCAUCGGGAAAGACGCAAACGAGCGAGGGUGAUGGUUAAAAACGCGCAGACGAAUCAAUUCGAUUGUCCUGUCUGCGGACAGGGCUUUGCGAAGAGCAACAGUUUGGUGGCGCACUAUGUGGAACACCACGCGGUGGCGGAUCCUGAUAAGAUGACGGUAGAUGUAUAUGGGUGCGAGGCGUGUGGGCAGUAUUGGCGCAAUGAGAAGCGACGGCGUACACAUGUCUGCCCGGCGAAUCCGGUGCGAAUCUCGAAUGCUGACAGGAGAUCACUACCAAUCCGCUUCAGCUCUUUGGUUCAAGUGCUUUUGAAGCUGCCCCGUGCCACCAUGACGGACCGCGGAGGCCAGAAGCGAAAGGUGGAAGACCUAGCGAAGGGUUUGUCGGAGAUGAAGGCCACUCAGCAGCAGCAACAGCAGCAGCUCGACAACCUGACAACCCGAGUCGACCGCAUCGAGAAAUCGACGUCGCUAGUGGUGGAGUUUUCGAACCAGGUGGAGGCGGUUUACAAAACCGCUGAGGAAACCAGAGACUUUAAGAACCUUGCAAAGCAAGCGGCAGAAGCGUUGUGUGCAGAGUUGGGUCCUAAAAUCAACAUGCCGUAUCCGUUACCUAGCACGACGCCUGAGCAGUGGCAGGCUGAGGAGGAAGGGCGUCCGCCCUUGACAGUAUGUACUACGUGGUGGGCCUUUGGCACUGCGUUGCUAGUGGGCACACGCUUCAUUCUGCCGAACAAGCUCCGCUCGACUCGUGAUCCGAACACCAAUCAACGCGUGAGGGCUCCGGGACACUUCCUGUUUAAGCUGGAAUUCGGAGAUUUGUCGUUCGCUGUGCAACGAGCCCUGCAGGCAGGACUCGGCGCACACAUCAACCAGAGUAAUCGAGAACGCCGCGAGGCCGGCGAGGGAGACCAACUGACGGUUUUUGUGCAUCGUACGGCAGAGGAGCAGAAUCGUAGAAAUCGUCGCAGCAACGAGGUAAACAACAACCAAGGUCAAGGUAAAAACCGAGGCUUUGGAAAGGGAGGAGGUGGGCGCCGCGGUCGAGGCCGUGGCAGGGGCCGGCAGUAG